GUUGUCAUCUGUUUUUGCUUUGGCUGUUGUGCAUGAGAGUAAUUUCAAGCUGCAUAGCCGAAAAUUUCUUUACACCACCAACUUGCAAAAAUUUUUGUUCAAUUAAAAAUUAGUUAAUUCGGAUACUUUUGUAACUAAAUUAUUUUUGUAAAAAAAAAAAUGAUAAGUGCUGUCUCGCGUGCGUAUUUACGGGCCAAUGUACAAGCCGUGCCCAAUAGCCUUAAACCAGCUGUAUUGGGAACAGCUCAGGGCAAAAAAGUGGUCGUGGCUCCUUGCACGGAUAAAUCUGUACCCGUUGGUAAUACAAGAGCUACUAUGGGCCUACAAACCGUUCAUCAAGUGCGUUUGGCCCAUAGUGACUUAGAAGUUCCAGACUUUACACCUUAUCGUCGUGAAAAUGUUAAAAAUGCGAACCGCCGUAACGAUAGCGCGGAGCAACGUAAAGCUUUCUCCUACAUGUUAGUAGGCGCCACUGCUGUCGGUAGUGCUUAUGCCGCCAAAGCAUUAGUGAAUACAUUUGUUAGUUCAAUGAGUGCGUCAGCCGAUGUAUUGGCUAUGGCCAAGAUUGAAAUCAAAUUGGGCGAUAUUCCAGAGGGAAAAUCAGUCACAUUUAAGUGGCGCGGUAAGCCCUUAUUCAUUCGCCAUCGUACUGGUGCAGAAAUCGAAACUGAACGCAAUGUACCCGUUGCCACCUUGCGAGACCCCCAAAGUGAUGAUCAACGCGUCACUAAACCUGAAUGGUUGGUGGUAAUUGGUGUCUGCACGCAUUUGGGUUGUGUACCUAUUGCUAACGCUGGUGAUUUUGGUGGCUAUUACUGCCCCUGUCACGGUUCUCACUACGACGCUUCCGGCCGUAUACGCAAAGGACCCGCACCUCUGAAUUUGGAAGUACCUACGCACACUUUCCCCGAUGAAGGCACUUUGGUUGUGGGUUAAUUCAUAUUAUGUAGCAUAUGAUUCUCAUCAUGUGUAAGUUAUAAGAGAAAAAAAACAUCUUAGUAAAGGAAUGAUUAAUUAAAAUAAUGUCUGUAC